UUCAAUGGCCAACACAUACAAGUAGGCUUUUUAGCUGAAUAUACAAAACAUUUGAGAGAGAGAGAGAGAGAGAGAGAGAGAGAUGGAUAGGGUGUUUUCAGUGGACGACAUGGCCGACCAGUUUUGGUCGCCGGCGCCUGUACGUUUACCGAUGACGGCGGAGGAAGAAACGACGUCGUCGUCUUCGAAGGUACAUCCGACUAUGAUGAAUCGGAGCGAAUCUGAGUGGGCCUUCCAGAGAUUCCUUCAAGAGGCCCGGAAUAACACCACCCACAGCGAAUCCGAAUCCUCCCCUUCUGCCUCCGCCGUAGCUUCUUCGUCGGCGAUACCCGAAAACGACGUCGUCGAGAUCAAGGACCAGCCUCAGCCUCAGCCUCAGCCUCAGCCUCGGGCUCAACAUCGUCAAUCGACGAAUCAACAAACGGCGUCGUUUAAUUCGGUUGCGCCUCCGAACGUUCCGGUGGAUUCGGAGGAGUAUCAAGCCUUCCUCAAGAGCCGUCUCAAUCUGGCUUGCGCUGCUGUUGCUUUGACUCGGGCAUCUUUUGUAAAAUCUCAAGAAUCUCCUAUUGUAGCGGACAAUGGAUCACAGGCGUCCAGUACCGGACAAUUGGGAAUGCAAGCUCUUGGUGAAGGAUCUGGGUAUGGUCUACCAAAGGGACAAGAUAAGGAUGUUAUUGGACCCCUUGGAAUUCCUUCCUUGCCAGCCAUGGAAAAGAAAUCUGUGGUCCAGGUGAAGUCAACGACGAGUGGAUCAUCAAGAGAACAGUCAGAUGAUGAUGAAGCUGAAGGAGAAACAGAAACGAAUAACACAGACCCUACUGAUGCAAAACGUGUCAGGAGAAUGCUUUCUAAUAGAGAAUCAGCUAGACGCUCUAGAAGAAGAAAACAAGCCCAUUUGACUGAGCUAGAAACACAGGUUUCUCAAUUGCGGGUUGAAAACUCUUCCUUACUGAAGAGGCUUUCUGACAUAAGCCAAAAGUACAAUGAAUCAGCUGUUGACAACAGAGUUUUAAAAGCUGAUGUCGAGACAUUAAGAGCUAAGGUGAAGAUGGCUGAAGAGACAGUUAAAAGAGUGACCGGAUUGAACCCUCUGUUCCAAGCCAUGUCUGAUAUGUCCACAAUGUCCAUGCCAUCAUUUGCCGAUAGCCCUUCUGACACAUCGGCAGAUGCUGCAGUUCCCGUGCAAGACGUCCCAAACCAGCAACACUUUUAUCAAUCUGCUGCAAAUAAUAAUCAUAUGUCAAGAAUUGAAAACGAUUUCGUAGACAUUCCUUCAGCAGAAAACGAGCAGCAGAGUCCGGGGAAUAAGAUGGGUAGAACAGCUUCCAUGCAGCGAGUGGCAAGCUUGGAGCAUCUGCAGAAGCGGAUUCGUGGAGAUGCGAGCCCGUGUGGGACUCAGUGUAACGGAAAGCAGUAGCGACGACAACAGAAAAGCCCCAACUGCAUUAGAGGUUAUUAAAAGAUUAUUCUAGUUCAAUACAUCUUAUCAGUUUCUGUUGCAAGGUUUUUCUAUUCUUUUUGUUCUAAAUACAUUAUGGGGAAGAACCCAAUUUGAUACCUUUGAUUAAUUAUGUGCUGCUGAAUGAAACAGCUCGACUUUCACAUGAAUGGGACAUAAUGAUUAUUUUAUCUCC